AUGAGGGAGUUUGCCCUCUAUGCGCGUCUUCGUGCAGCACAGGAGGAGAUGAAGAAGCAGCCGCUGCGAGCCGGGGGCGUUCGGCUCCUUGUCACGCUGGAGCUGCUCUCCAUGCUGUGCUACAUUCAGGUGGCGACUCUAACAAAUGCAGUGUUCUUAGCCGUUCCGUUUGUCCUCCUACUGGUGAUGGCCAUGGUCAGGCAUCAAGGGCCCGCGAAGCUCGUGACUGAGCCACUAUACGUGCUGUGGCCGCAUGACCAGUCACGACUUGGGCUCCUGCGCCAGCAGAUAUCAGCAACAAGAUUUGUCGCAUGCGGUUGGAGUCUCAAGCUCGCCUGCUGCGUGGUGUACUGGGCUAGGUUUACGCACGUCAACCUCCUUCCGGACAUUUGCCCUGCACGGUUGCAGAAUGUGGGCUGCGACGGCUACAGCUACUACUGUGCAUAUAAGCAGUUCAAAGCAGCGACACCGUCAUCAGAGCAAAUGGCAGCGGAAUCCCUGUUCAAGCAGCUGUAUGAGGCUGAGGACAGCCCAUGCUGGCACGACUGCAACUGCGGGGACUUUUGCUUGAAAGAGACGUAUGUUGAAUUGGGUGUGUUCGCUCGCACAUUGCGCUGUGAUCCUCUUACUGAUCAAACACUGCAAUGCUGCCAAUGCCUUCACUGCCAGCUCUCAGUGCCAGGGUGGCUGCAAGCCGGAUGCAAGGCCCGCGCAUUCAUCCCAGAAACUCCGCGAGAGCUGUUUGAGGCUGCUUGGAACCCAUCGCAUGUCCGGAUGUACUCUCGGAAUCCAUAUUACAUCAGACAUGCAUGGCAUCUUGAGAAUGCCAUGCUGGCGCAGCUUUCUUUCUGUGUGCUGACUCACAACGUAGACGCCGCUGACCUUAGAAUUCAGGUCUGGCGGCUUGCCAUGUGGCUACUGCAGCUCCUGCCCUCCGUCGCUUUGGCUGGCUGGCUUCUGCUGAGUUUGGCAUUACCCAGGAUUCUGCAGCAAGACCCACUGUGCAUGCUGGGCCAAGCAGCCUCAGAUACCAGUGCGAUUGAGCAGGUGGACGCCAAGGCGCAGACUCUGCGGGCAGACAUUUCCCACAAAAGACUGAAGCCAACUCUGAAAGAAAGAGUGAGCCUCUAUAUGGGAUUUGCAUUUUUCCUCCUGGAUUAUGCCUCAGACUUCAACUGCCUAGCACGCAUGGUUCUAGAACAAAAGUAUAGUGUCGCAAUCGCCCAGGCUGUCAUGAUAGUGCUGCCAAUCGUGCUAGAUUGCUAUCGUGGAAAGAUCCAAGUAGUUGAGGUAUUAGCGGGAUUUCUUAAAUCCCGCAAAGCAGGAUUCCCAACAAAUGCGUUUAUACAUGCUCUGAGAUCUGAGAAGGGAGUAGAAGCUCCGCUCUCUUUUUGCCUUCAGUACUACACCCUUCUCAGAGCCACCAGCUUCGGCACCGUGUGGAGCCUGUGCCUGUCCCUACCUUUAAGCAUUGGCAGCAUGUCAGCGCACGUGUACAACACAUUUGAGAUCGGCAUGUUUGUUGGUGUGGUGGAUGUGGCGCCAGUGCCGGAGACAGCGGGGGGAAACCCCCCGCUUACAACUGGACUUGACACGUCUGGCAUGCCAGCCAACAUCCCGGCAGUGAUUGGACACACUGGACCCAUGAGUCCUUACCCUGCACGUCCUCCCGGCAUAGUGCCUCCAGCGCAAUCAGUGCAUCUUUGCCGUGACCUGGCCCCGCUCGCAGGCGUGCUUCCCCCCAUCACCGUGCAAGACAGUAAGGUGGCGGACAAGGAAUGA